GGUAGGAGUGAAUUAUUGAUUGGGACGGUCCUGGGUGUAUAAAAAGAGGGGGCGCAGCCCAAACCCUGCUCCUCAUCUCUCCAACCGCCAAGAUGAGCUACGGAUCCGACGUGUACUCCUCCUCUUCUUCCUCCUACAGGAAGAUUUUCGGGGACUCUCCCCGCUACUCGUCCUCCCCGUCCAGGAUGAGCUCCUCCAGGAGCGGGUACAGGUCCCUCUCCCUGUCCCGCACCAGCACUCCAUCCCUGGGCUCCUACAAGCGCACCGGCGCCGGGCGCAGCGCCCUGUCCUCCUCGCCCAUGGCGCUGGAGACGUUCGACUUCACGCAGAGCUCGGCGCUCAGCAACGAGUUCAAAAUCAUCCGCACCAACGAGAAGGAGCAGAUGCAGGGCCUGAACGACCGCUUCGCCAUGUUCAUCGAGAAGGUGCGCAACCUGGAGCAGCAAAACAAGGUGCUAGAGACCGAGCUGGUGGCGCUGCGCCAGCGCCAGUCCGAGCCGUCCCGCCUGGCCGAGCUCUACCAGCAGGAGAUCCGCGAGCUGCGCUCCCAGCUCGAGGAGGCGCACGGCGAGAAGAACCAGAUGAUGUUCGAGCGCGACAACGUGGAGGAGGAGCUGCAGAAGCUGCGCGAGCGCUACGAGGACGAGGUCCGAGCUCGGGACGAGGCCGAGCGCACGCUCAAAGCCUUCAGGAAGGACGUGGACGACGCGUCGCUGGCGCGCCUCGACCUGGAGAAGAAGGUCGAGUCGCUGCUGGACGAGAUCGCCUUCCUGAGGAGGGCGCACGACGAGGAGGUGGCCGAGCUGAUGAACGCCAUCCAGGCGUCCCAGGUGUCCGUGGAAAUGGAGGUGGCCAAGCCCGACCUCACCUCGGCCCUCAAGGAGAUCCGCGGCCAGUACGAGUCGCUGGCCUCCAAGAACCUGCAGUCCGCCGAGGAGUGGUACAGGUCCAAGUUCGCCGACCUGAGCGAGCAGGCCAGCCGCAGCAACGAGGCCAUCCGCGCCAGCCGCGAGGAGGUCAACGAGUUCAGGAGGCAGCUGCAGUCCAGGACCAUCGAGAUCGAGAGCCUGAGGGGCACCAACGAGAGCCUGGAGAGGCAGAUCCGCGAGAUGGAGGACAGGCACAACCUGGAGGUGGCCGGCUUCCAGGAGACGAUCGGCGAGCUGGAGAAUGAGCUCAGGACCACUAAGAGCGAGAUGGCUCGUCACCUGAGGGAAUACCAGGACCUGCUGAAUGUCAAGAUGGCUCUGGACAUUGAGAUUGCUGCUUACAGGAAACUCCUGGAAGGGGAGGAGACCCGCAUUGGCACAGGCAUGGCCUACCCCAUUCCGGGCUCUGUUUCUAGCAGCCAGGGCUACAGCUACCAGAGCCGUGUCUACACCAGCUCUAGCAAGAGUGUGAAAAAGGAAGCAAAAGACGACGAGGACAAGCAGCAGCAGGAGCAGAGCGGCAAGUCUGACAGCAACGCCUCCAAGAAGGGUGACAAGCCUGACUCCGGAGAAGUCAAUGCAACCAACCAGAAGAACUAAGCCUCCUUCCUCUCCUUCUUCCCUCUGUCCCCUCUUCCCUUUCCUCACUAGUUUCCUCUCCUACACUCUUAAAAAUAAAGGUCGAAGAGGGUUCUUUAGAGUUGAUACCAUAAAAAAAAGCCAUUGUAGGUUCCUUAAAGAACCUUUUGGUGCCAAUUAGGAUCCUUUAUUUUUAAAAGAGUGGAGACGUCUCAGAGAGGAACCCAAUGUAUCCGCAUAUCAACCAACUCUCUCUUUCUCUCUCCACUUAUCGACUACAGCACUCUCAGUACCGGGGCGUUCGUCCCUUUAUGAUAUACUGCACACUACUGAACGCACCUCAGGUGUCAUACAGUCCACUCUCUGCUACUCUCACCGUUAGCCUAUCCAGGUUCGCGUUCCGCAUUAGAUGUCAUCUUUGGAAACCCUUAAGUGCACUGCCACAGGCUCCUCUAAUCACAUUCCAAAAAAGGAUGUGUGUACUGUGCAUGCGUAUAUGUGUGUAUGUGUGUGUAAACAUGCACAGUGCAUUUAGUCGGUCCUCGCUAACUGUAACUGUUUUCGAUCUCUUGGCAGACAAAAAUGUAGGAAAAGACUGAUAGUACUAGACUGCAAAGUUAGCAAGUGAGAGCUAGUAUUCAUGCUGCACAAAACAAGGUUUUGCUAGCUAAAACCAGCACAGAACUUGACCUGCAAUACUGUCUUUGUCUGAGCCUUAUUGCUCUAUGCCAUGGCAAUGCUGUUAUUAGCUGACUGUACAGCACCAAGGCCCUCAUCACCUCAUACAUUUUGUACUUCGAGAAGUUGGGUUGCGCUCGUCUUCUCUCAUUAUUAGAUGUUUGUAGACACAUGAGUGUGCAUGGUAACUUUGCAUUGCAAUUCAAGAAGGAACCCAGUUUUAGAACACCAAGGAACCUGGUGUUGUGGUUCUAAAAGUUCUAGCAGCUCUAGAUUCUCUUUUAAAGCGCGAGUGUCCUCUCCAGCACUAAUCGUGGUGCCAAUUUCGAGUCCCAGUUCCCGGAAAAUGUGAAAGAUUUGAACGUACGUAGCAGCUGCUGCUGAUGCAUGAUGUUUAUACCCUGUUUGCAUGGUGACGGUGUAUAUGAGCUGACCAGCAGUCCUCCAUUGCCAUAGGAAUGGUAGGAACUUGAAAAGGGCAAUAGUAGGUCCUCACCUUUUCUCAAAGUAUUGAUCCUACUGUGCGCACCUUUGAUUUAAAUACGUAAGGCUUUCUAGCCACAAUGAGUGAGAGUUAACAUCGAGUUGGUGAGAAUGUGGCCCAAUAACUGCCGAUGCCUUUUCUCAUGCUGCUUGUGAUGAUGAUGAUGCAGGGCACAUUUGUCUUACGUCCCAAUACCAUCUCAUUCCUAUUGACUCUCAGACAACAUCUUAAAGAGAAACGGUGCUGUUUAGGAUUUUAUAUGUGCUAGUAGGCUGGAAGAAGAAUGUGGUAACGAGUGUAGUUUGAAUCUGAGAGAGAAAGAGAGAGACCUCUGAUGUAGCAGCUUUGAGCUUACGUUCUCUUAUAAUAAUAGCAGCAAGUUUGUCGAAACGAGAACAAACCCAAUGGCAAUUAGCACAAAAGCAUGAGCAGAUGAUCUAAAUGUUAUGAAUUUGUAGACUGACUUACAAAAGAACUAUACAUUAUGCACAAAUCUACCAUCAUCCAUCAUCCAAGACCUAUAACUUCACUAAGCCUUAUUAACAAUGAGGAAAUCUCGAGACAUCAUAAACACCCGAAUGGACCACAUGCUUCUGACCUCCUACUUCAAAAGGAACAUCAUUUAAAGGCACAAUCUUAGACCCAACUGGAUUAAAAAACACAUGAAGAACAGGAAAGUCCAUAAUUAGGCGUGAUGUGGGUCUACAAAGUUAUGCUUUAAAUCCUGUUAGGACUUGCAAUCUUACAAUCAGUGCUAGCGGCUUUUCUCUAAUUCCACUUGAACACUGCCAAGUUUUGACACCACAACUACCGUCUUGCCUGCAUCAUUUUUUCCCACCCGUAUUCUGUCCAGUUCUGCCUUCUGUGCUACGACUGGUUGGCAGUAUCUCGCCUUUUGUGCUAGGAUUAUCUAGUGCAGUGGUCAAUAACCUUGGUCCUGGAGAUCCACCUUUCUGCAGAGUGUAGUUCCAACCACAUGCUCCUGCUAGUUAGCUUCUUCAGAAGUCAUCGAUUGGAUGGAUCAGUUGUUUAGGGAGGUGUGUUAGAUGCAGGUUGGGCAAGAAAGAAGAUCUCUAGGAGUCGGCUUGGUGACCACUGGCCUAGAAAGUCAUAGUAAUACCACCAGUUAGCAGACUGUUUGAGAACUACCAGCCAAUUCUCAGGUGAUGGGAAACUCUUAGGGGGUGGGGCUUCUCAGAAUACAGGUGUGGAAAAAAGAUGCACUUUGUUUUUUUGUAGCUAUUUUGUCAUGGCAGUGUAGGCCUGACUUACUGCACUUUCCGCUGGAUUGUACUACGAGAUGGUGUAGGGGUUAUUUUUUAUUUUUUAAGAUGCGUUAGAUUCGCUAACUUGUUUUUCUCGUUAGGCUAACCUAGGCUAUUUCCCAUUAGCUUUGCACAGGCUGAGUUGUGAGGGAAUUUUGGGCAAAUCUGAAAGUUUGUCCGUCAUAUUCUUCACUUUUUCUCAGUUUUAAGUCUCUAGACAUUUAGGUGUGAGGUCAGUCACCAUCUGAAGGAUAAAUAGGAUAUUUUACAAAGCACUGAAACACACUUCAGUUGAAAAGAACACACAGUAAGCCUGCUAUCUCUCACUGGCAACAAUAACACUGCAUGUGUACUUAAUGACGUCAAUACAAGUCAAGGCAAAACCAACAAGCGGUCUAUAACAAAUACAAAACACAAAAGACAGAAAGAAAUCAAACAUAAUAAUACUUUAGGUUAUCAAAAUGCCUUAAACCACCAGCAGCUUGCUGCAGCUAGCAGAGUGUGAGUUAGCAAAUUGUUUGUGCUCUCAUCGUUUUUUCUCUAGUGAUUAGAUGCUACACUGAAUGGCUGAAAUGAAGUGUUGAAGAAUUGAAUGUAGAUUAUGUACUCUACUCUUUAUUCUGGAUCUUAGCCUUCUGCUGUAUCACAGUUGACCAAUAAAGACUGGUAUUAUGAAGUCUA